UAGCACUCGCAGAACGGUCUCUCUGAUGUCAAACGUGAGAAAAGUGAAAAAACAGACGGUUUAGUUUAGAUUUUAUUAUUUACUAGCACGGCGAGAAUCGUGGGAAGGAACCCGUUACUUGCGCCAACGAAAGUGGAACAGAGAAGCACAGCGAGGACGGUUACAAGCGAAAUCAGAGAAAAACAAAGGCGAAAUAAGGCAAAAGCAAUCAGAAGUCGAGCGACAGAGAACCCAAAGAUACACAAUCCACAGACAGUUUGUCGGAAAUUCAAAAUUCCAUUUGAAAAUACUUUGGAUUCGGUUUGGAGGCCGAGCCUAGCCACGCCCCCCUGCACCACCACCCGCCACCGCCAUGAACGCCCUGCUGCGUCACAAGGGACGCAAUCUGCGGACGAGUCACUUGGCCCAGAAUGUCUACAAGCGCUUUCUUAAAUCGAACUGUUGCGCAUGCAGUUCGGUGAACGUCACAGAUGAACCCGCCAAAGAAGAUGAACUACCGCGAAGAUCUGCUUCGACCUCGGUGCUGGAGCUAAGCAGAUCGCUUGGCACUUACCGAAGGUUUCAGCCACAUGCCAACUAUGGAUACGACUACUCCGGCUAUGGAUUUAGGCAUCUGCAUACGAGCCGGACUUUGCUGGAGACGUCCAGCUCAAAGAUCGACGCAACAGUCAAGAAGCUGAAAAACCAGCAGAAGGAGAAGGUGGAGGAGAUCAUGAAGGAGGUGGCCAAUGGACAGGCCGCGGCAGUUCGUGCCAGCAGUGCCGCUACCGCCACGGCCUCCUCGGAGAAGGGUCAAAACGCUAGUGCGACCGCGGGCUCCACGUCGGCGACUGCCUCAACGACGUCUUUGGCCAAGACCGCAGACAAGUCGGUGGCCAAGCCAAAGAAACCACUCCGCACACGGAUUUGGGAUGAGCUGGUGCACUAUUACCACGGCUUUAGGCUGCUCUUCAUCGAUGUGGCAAUUUGCUCUAAGCUCCUUUGGCGAGUGCUCAACGGCAAGACGCUCACGCGGCGCGAGAACAAGCAGCUUCAGCGGACCACCUCUGACUUGUUCCGUCUGAUCCCCUUUUCGGUGUUCAUCAUCGUGCCCUUCAUGGAGCUGCUGCUGCCGUUGUUCAUAAAAUUCUUCCCCGGCAUGCUGCCCUCCACGUUCCAGACUUCGACCGAUCGACAGGAGAAGCUCCGGCAGUCACUUAGCGUUCGCCUGGAGGUGGCCAAGUUCUUGCAGCAGACCCUAGAUCAGAUGCCCGUCCAGCACAAGGAACACAGCAGCGAAGAGGCCAAGCAGUUCGAGGCCUUUUUCACUAAAAUCCGGAAUCCCACUGAACCAGUGAGCAACGAUGAAAUCAUCAAAUUCGCCAAGCGAUUCGACGAUGAGAUCACCUUAGAUUCACUGUCCCGGGAGCAAUUGGCGGCUCUUUGUCGCGUCCUUGAACUGAACACAAUUGGCACCACCACGCUGCUGCGGUUCCAGCUGCGUCUGAAGCUGAGAUCUUUGGCCACCGAUGACCGCGUUAUUGCCCGCGAAGGAGUCGACUCCCUGGACCUUCUAGAGCUGCAACAGGCGUGCAAGGCACGUGGAAUGCGGGCAUAUGGCCUAACGGAGGAGCGUCUUCGUUUUCAGCUUAAGGAGUGGAUAGAUCUCUCCCUGAACGAACAGGUACCGCCUACGCUGCUGCUCCUGUCAAGAACCAUGCUUAUUUCCGACGACAGCAUCACCACCGAUAAGCUCAAGGAGACGAUUCGUGUGCUACCGGAUGCAGUGGGUGCCCACACACGGCACGCUAUCGGGGAGAGUGAGGGCAAGGUGGACAACAAGACGAAGAUCGAAAUCAUCAAGGAGGAGGAGCGCAAGAUUCGCGAAGAGCGCGAGGAAGAGCGGGAAGAGACCAUCGCAAAACGAUCGGCCAUCAAGGAGGAGAUUCCCGCUCCUUAUGUAUUUGCUGAGAAGUUGUCGGGUUCCCAGGAUCUUCUGGAUCACAAGGAACAGUCCUCGGUGUCCGAGACGGACAAGGGCAUUUCCUCUACCGAUGUACAGCUGCUGUCUGAGGCCCUAAAGACACUCUCAUCUGAUAAACAGCUCGUGGUGGAAAAGGAAACAAUCAAGGAACUCAAGGAGGAAUUGGCCGACUAUAAGGAGGAUGUGGAGGAGCUACGCGAGGUGCGACAGGUAGUCAAGGAGCCUGUGCGCGAAAGCCGGGCGGCCAAGUUGCUCUACAAUCGGGUCAACAAGAUGAUUUCCCAACUCGAUAAUGUGCUUAACGACCUAGAGGCCAGGCAGCAUCAAAUCAAGCAGGCGGAAUCCUCUGAUUACGCGGCGUCCAGUCCCACUGUGGAACCACAGCAAAUGGUGCACAUUGACGAGCUGGUCGCCACCAUCCGGCGAAUGAAGGAGGCAUCCGAUGAAGAGCGAUUCAAGGUUGUCGGGGAUCUGCUGGUCAAACUCGACGCGGACAAAGACGGUGUGAUUUCGGUGAACGAGAUCACCAAGGCGGUGCAGAGCAUCGACCGCGAGGCCACGAAUAUCGACAAGAAGCAGCUGGAGGAGUUUACCGAGCUACUUUCCAAGUUGGCGUCCCGGCGACGACACGAGGAGAUCGUGCACAUCGACGAUUUAAUGAAUAACAUCAAGGUGUUGAAGGAAACUAGCGAUGAGGCACGACUUAAGCACAUCGAAGCUGUACUGGAGAAAUUUGAUGCCGACAAGGAUGGCGUGGUGACCGUCAACGAUAUUCGUAAGGUGUUGGAAUCCAUUGGUCGUGAUAACAUCAAGCUGAGCGACAAGGCCAUUGAGGAACUCAUCAGUCUGCUUGACAAGGAGCAAGUACUGCAGGCAGAGCAGAAGAUUGAGAAGGCCAUUGCUAAGAGCAUGAAAGAGGCUGAGAAACUGAAGUCUGAGGUGGACAAAGCGGAUAAGGACUUGUCCAAGCUUGUUAAUGAUAUUCACGAUUCCGCCAAGGAGAUUCAGGAUAUUGCCAACGAGAUGCGUGAUAAGGAGGAAACUGUGCCCGAUAAAGCGAAGGAGCUAAAAGCAGAGCCCGCAUUCAAGGAUACGGCCAAAACAUUGAAGGACAACGCAAAGGACCUGGACGAUUUAGCGAAGGACCCAAAGUCAGACCCCAAAUCCCCGACAAAGGCUUCUACAGGGUCCGGUCCAGCCGGACUGUCAGGUGGAGGCCCCAGCAGUGGCAGUAGCGGUAUUGCCACCGGAUCAACGACGGAAUCAGCGCUCCGAGAGGCGGCCGAGCGUCAAAUGGAAAAGAUCCUGCCCUCCACAGACAUUGGUCUGCCCCCCACGAUACAAACACCAUCGCAACCACCGACGUCAAAAAAAGCAACGGCCACUGCGUCGACCCUGUCCACGACGAUAACGGCCAAGAAACUGCUCUGACCAGUCAGACGGUCCAAGAAGGGAGAUGCUGAGACAACUCUUAAGCGUGAACCUAAGCCGAAGUGAUGUGUUGGAGUAGGGGCGGUGGCGGUGUUGCUCGUGUGUCCCAUAUUGUUCCGACUAUGCAAUGAAUUAACUGUUACCAUUUAACAUAAACGUAGCAGGAUGAGGAGAGUUUGCUAUACUUAACGCGUGGCUGUAGUACGGUAUCUUCUUUAAGUAAGGCACAAAUCAGAAACUACUAGAAAUACAUAAGAAUGUACACUUUACACAUAUAUCUUGAUUUCCAACGACCUAGUUUUACAUAAAACCCAUUCGAAGCAAGUUGUUUGUAGCUCCUUUUUAUUUGGCCCAAAUUUGCGAAGCGAUUGUGAUCAUUAGGCGAAAUGUUAAUUUACGACUUAUUCAUCUAUUAAUACGUACGUAUAUCUAUCAAGCAAGUUGAUUCGCCCGACCGGUUUUCAGGUAAUACCGAAAGGUGGCGAGACAUUGGAGAAUAAUUAAAACCACGUGAUAGAUCUAAACAAUAAUGUGUGUGCUUGACUUAGCAAACUGAAUUUGUAAAAGUGUUUCGCAAU